CACCUUAAUUAUUAAAUCUUCAAACUUUAGUCUAAAAAAAUUUAAAAUAUACUUUAUAUUUCCACUCUUAAUCAAUCAUAAAUACCUAUCUACUCCCCCUCACUCUUCCACAAACCACCACCACAACAACAAAAAAAUCAAAACAAAAACAGAGCACUCUGUUUUCUCUGUUCUCCCCUGUUUUUUUUAUCAUGACGAAAGAAGUCGAAACCGCUCACGAGCAGGCGGCGGAGUACUCCGCAAAGGACUACACUGAGCCGCCGCCUGCUCCUCUGAUCGACUUAGAGGAGCUAACAAAGUGGUCUUUAUACAGAGCAGCAAUAGCAGAGUUUAUUGCUACUCUGUUAUUUCUUUAUAUUAGUGUGCUUACCGUAAUCGGAUACAAACAUCAAGCGGAUGUUCAAGAUGGUGGUAAUGUUUGUGGUGGUGUUGGUAUUCUUGGUAUUGCUUGGGCUUUUGGUGGCAUGAUUUUCGUACUUGUUUACUGUACUGCUGGUAUUUCUGGUGGACACAUCAAUCCUGCUGUGACAUUUGGGCUAUUUUUGGCAAGGAAAGUAUCAUUAAUAAGGGCAGUAUUGUACAUGGUAGCACAAUGUUUGGGUGCAAUUUGUGGUGUUGGUUUUGUUAAAGCUUUCCAAAGUGCAUACUACAAUAGGUAUGGUGGUGGUGUUAAUGUUAUGGCAGCAGCACACACCAAAGGUGUUGGUUUGGCUGCUGAGAUUAUUGGUACUUUUGUUUUGGUCUAUGUUGUCUUCUCUGCCACAGAUCCUAAGAGAAGUGCCAGAGACUCUCAUGUCCCGGUCUUGGCACCACUUCCUAUUGGAUUUGCUGUGUUCAUGGUUCACUUAGCCACUAUUCCGAUCACCGGAACCGGUAUUAACCCGGCUCGUAGUUUUGGGGCAGCGGUUAUCUACAAUGGCGAUAAGGCGUGGGACGAACACUGGAUUUUCUGGGUCGGGCCAUUCAUCGGAGCUUUUAUUGCCGCGGUCUAUCACCAGUACAUUCUUCGAGCUGGUGCUAUCAAAGCUCUAGGUUCAUUCAGAAGCAAUGCUUAAAUAAAAUGUGGAAAGUUUGGUGGAUCAGAGCCGAAAGAAUUGUAGAUAAAAUGUUUGUUAUGUCACACCGUUCAAGAGAUGCUUUAUGUAUCGAGCUGUUGAUUCGCUCACUUAAAAAUGUUUGCAUGGGAAAGAGGGGUGUGACUUUUCUAUCCUUUUGAUUUGUUUUUUUGUUUUGUUUUUUUUUCCUUUUGCUGUGGAUGUAUUUAAAUUAAAUAUGUUUGUAUGUUUGGUUUAUCUUUAAUUUUAGUUUCUUUCAUUUUCUA